GAGCUACACUGUGAUAUGCUACCUUGUCACUUAUUAACUUUAUUUACUCUAUUCUACAAGCUUUUGUGACAUCACAAAAGCUGUAAGAGUUACGAUUAAGCCCCAAGUGCCUCGUAUGGGAUUGACUUUGCGCUCUGUGGCUUUAUUUCUUCGGGACGAGUGAAUUUAUAUUGGACAGCAAGGUGGACUCCUUCAAUUUCCUUGAAAAGUUUAGUGGGCAACUUUCAUUCGGAGGAAUUUUGUGUACAUUUCCAAGCGGGAGAGUCGCAUGCUUUCCUCCAUCCUUGUCGUCGGGUCUCUAUGGAGAGUUCGCCCCGGCGGAGGCGCGCACUCUGCUCUACGCCGCCACCACUCGUGAAUUCCUCGACCUGGAUACGACGAGGCGACGCACUUAACCUCAUUUGAAUGCCUUUGCAAGGUGUUUGUUGGUUGCUGUGCUGCCGCCAGGGCUUCAGUUUGCUGGGGAGGGACUAUGGGGAGAAAGAGGAGGAAGAGUCUUUCGAGUUGCGCAACAAGGACGACCUGACUCCCAAUGGACAGAGUCCAGUCGAGGUGAUUCACGUUUCUCAACCGAUUUGUACAGCCAAUGGGACAAACGGAGUGGUCGUGUCAGACGCAGCUGACGAGAUGAAGAGCCUUAUCCUGGAGAAGAACAAGGCGGCCCUGGAGGAAGAACCAGAAAUUCUAGUCAAAGGUUGGUUGCUGCGUGAGGUGAGAGGCAAUUGGAUCAAGCAACGGCGCUUCUGGUUCGUGCUAAGCCAGGACUCCCUCGACUACUACAGCGGCCCGGAAAAGGGAGCCCGCCGACUGGGAACACUGGUGCUCACCAGCCUCUGCUCUGUCAUCUGGCCAGACAAGCAGACCUUCAAGGAGACGGGCUACUGGAGCAUCACAGUGUAUGGGCGCAAACACUGCUACAGACUGUACACCAAGCACUUCAACGAGGCCGUGCACUGGGCCUGCGCCAUCCAGAAAAUCAUCGACACCAAAUCGCCCGUGCAGACACCCACGCAGCUCCUAAUCCAGGACAUCGAGGAGAACAAGUUCAACCCCGAAGUGGUGGAGCACAUCUACCAGCACAACCCCAUUCUCAAGUAUACCCAAGGCCCCCUCUACGCCCCGUUGCUGCCCUUCCCCUAUGGCAGCCUGGAGCACACAUACCACCACGGCAAAGGCUACGGCUCACUGUGCGAGGAGGCCGUCAAACUCUUCAACGGCCUUCAGCAGCUGGAGUCGGCGCAUGACGCCGUGCCCAUCAUCCAAGGAGUGCUCCAGACCUGCCUCGACCUGCGGCCGCUACGCGACGAGGUCUACUGCCAGUUGGUGAAGCAGACCAGCCACACACCCGCUCCCUACACAGCCGCUCACCUGCGAUACUGGCAACUGCUCACCUGCAUGAGCUGCACCUUCCUGCCUGGAGCCACUGUCCUCAAGUACCUUCGUUUCCAUCUCAAGAGGAUUCAGAACCAGAGUCCAGAAUCGGAAAUGGACAACUACGCAUCUUUUAUCUGCGAGGCACUGGAGAAGACCAAGUGUCGUGAGUGCGUUCCCUCAUGGGAGGAGAUCCAGAUGCUGAUGAGCAGGCAGGAGAUGCUGUGCAUGGUGCACUAUCCUGGACCUGGGUGCUGCCAGCUUUACAUCAGUUCGCAUACCACUGCCAAUGAGGUGGUGCAGAGGAUGCAGCAGAGGCUAGGCUUGAAGGACAGCAAGAACACAUUCGCGUUGUAUGAGCAGAACGCACUGUGGGAGAGGCCGUUGUCAGGCGGCGCGCUCAUCGCAGACAUCCUCACCAGCGUCUCCAACAAAGAGUGUGAAUCCAAAGGCCAACGGAAACUGUGGUUCAAGCUCUAUUGCCUUCUGGAUGCCGACAGCAUAUCAGUGGAAAGCAUCGAGUAUCUCUUCCUCUUUGAGCAGUGUCACGAGAUGGUGGUACGUGGGCAGCUGCCCGCCUGCGAGGAGGACCUCCAGACGCUAGCGGCCCUCCGACUUCAAGCCAUCGUGGGGGACUUCAGCACGCACACGCCCUGCCCGCCCCUGGACGAACUCUUUCCCGGCCACGUGCUGGAAGCCCGCGUCCUGGCGUCGCAGGUGUCCCCGGCGACGGGCUGCCCCGCCGCCCAGCGAUUCCCCGCGGGCCUGCUGGCGGGGGCGCUGUGGAGCCAUGCGGCGGCGCACAAGCAGAAGGCUGAGAAGAACCUUCGCCUCCGCAGCCGUGUGAAGGAGGAGGCGGCGGCCGUCACAGGGGCCAUCUUGGAGCGCUGGAGGGGACUGGCGGGCUCCGACCGGAGAGACAGCAUGGCCGCUUACCUCACCAUCGCGCGCCAGUGGUCCGGCUUCGGAUGCACGCUCUAUGAAGUCGACUUCUACAUUAGUUCAACGGGGAGUUUUUCCCAGAAGUUAUGGUUGGGGGUGGCGGCCGGCAGUGUCUCUCUCUAUCGGCAAGGAGAGGCCGAGGCCCUGGAGUCCUUUCCCUACGGACAGAUCUGCUCGUACGGCGUCUCUGACAGCAACACAUUCAAGAUCAGCGCCGGCGGCCGCGACAUGCUCUUCGAAACCAACAAGCUGAGCGAGAUCACACAGCUGAUGAAUGCUUACUUCAACGCCACGCAUCUGCAACGAGGCAAAAGUGACGGCGUCAAAAUCCACGACGGGACUCCGACGGGGUUCCGCCACCCGUCCGCGCCUGCCCUACUCGAGCUGCCCUCGCACCCCGUCUGACGCGGAGGCCGCCAAAGUUGGCGUCGCCACCGAGAACUUCCACGUCUGCUUUCUUUCGGAACGUUCCUCGAAGGCUGCCGUUGUCCCUCCCCCCUUACCCGCAACCUUCACGGAGGCGUUUUAAUAAGGUCUCGGAUCAGGUUUGCAUUAGUGUCUAUGCGGCCAAUUGUGUGAACUUGGAACUGGAAACAGAUGUUGCCUUUUGGCAGCUCAAGUCACUCCCGCCGUUGCCUCCGCAGCUUCUUCUUCUUCUGCGGUUUCUCUACCACUCGUCCCGGAUCGAUGACGUUGCGGCGCAGCUUUGCUAACAACGAUAAAAGAAGUGGUACCUUGACCUUGACUUGUGUCAUAAGCUGUUAUUGUUUUUGUGUGUCUGUCGCAAUGAAUUAUUGAAGUUAGGCGCGUGCUUCACAUAUGCCGUCCGGCAACAUACGGCAGACAUACAAUUGUUAAAGUGGGCUAACUAUAGAUUUGAAAUAUACAAGGCUAGAUGUCUAAAGUCAGCGGCGUAAGUAAAAUACUUUUAACCCUCUAAAAUAUGUGGAUGAUUGUUAGCAUUUAGUUGUAAAUCUGCAACGCCUGCUUGAACAGGUUUAACUCGUUGAAAUCUUGACGGAUUGGCUUAUGCAAACCGUAUCAAUAUGAUUCAGGCUGGAAGGUCAAAUAUCUAAUUGUUUCAAGAGGUGGGUAAUGAGGCUUUACAUUUACUUGAGUAACUUUUUGAGAAGAAUUUACUCAGUUUUACCACACCUUAAUUUUACUGGAGUAGACCUGUGAAGAAGAAAUGCCACUCAUAAUCGGGCUACACUACAAUCAUUACAUUAUUCCUCAUAUUAUGUACAGUGAAGAAAAUAAGUAUUUGAACACCCUGCUAUUUUGCAAAAUCUCCAACUUGGAAAUCAUGGAGGUGUCUGAAAUUUCCAUCGUAGGUGCAUGUCCACUGUGAGAGAGACAAUCUGAAAAGAAAAAUCCAGAAAUCACAAUUGGCCCACCCAUCAGUCAGAUUUCUGGGCUGUCGCCGGGCUGUUUGAGCUCCCUUCAAAGAUGUUCUAUUGGGUUAAUGUCUGGAGACCGGCUAGGCCAUGCUAGAACCUUGUUAUGCUUCUUACGGAGCCACUCCUUGGUUUUCCUGGCUGUGUCCUUCGGGUCAUUGUCAUGUUGGAAGACCCAAGCAUGACCCAUCUUUAGUACUCUAACUGAAGGAAAGAGGUUGUUCCAUAAAAUCUCACAAUACAGGGCCCCAGUCAUCCUCUCUUUAAUACAGUGCACUCGUCCUGUCCAGUGCACAGAAAAAGACCCCCAAAGCAUGAUGCUACCACCCCCAUGCUUCACAGUAGGGAGGGUGUUCUUGAGGUCAUCAUUCUUCUUCCUCCAAGCAAGUUAGUGGAAUUAUUACCAAAAAGUUCUACUUUACUAUCAUUUGACAACAAAACAUGACUCCUCUGCAUUAUCCAAAUGGUCAUAGGCAAACUUAAGACUGCCUUGUAAUACUUAUUUGCAGCUGUAUCACAUAAAUAAAUUGUUAAAAUAUCAUGCAUUGGGAUUUCUGGAUUUUUCUUUUUAGAUUAUCUCUUUCACAGUGGACAUACACCUUUGAUGAAAAUUUCAGACUUCUGCAUGAUUUCUAAGUGGGAGAACUUGCAAAAUAGGGUGUUCAAAUACUUAUUUUUUUCACUGUAUAGAAAGAGAUGUUGCAAAUAUAGUCACCUGACAACACACAAGCUUCCAGUCAGUGGUCCUAUGAUUACGCCAGCCUGUUCAAUCACGUGGCGUCUUUAAAAAUUAUGCGUAGAGUGCUGCCAACAACAUUACUGGAGAGCGCAGACUUCAAUCUCUCUCCCUGUUUAUAUUUGGCACCGUUAGACUACGGAUAACCAAAUAUAGUGUGUAGGUAGGUUUAGGUUUUCUCCACUCGAGAGCACUCAUGCUCUGUAGAUGGGUGAUAUUUUUAUUUCUGUAGAUUUUUCUAGUUGAAAUUGGAUUUUUGGUUUUUGUUGGCCUAAUAUUGUCAUGUAAUAGGAUAUAGUAUAUAAUAAUAACAGUUCAUAGAGGUAAUGUUGUGCUGAGGUAAAAAAAAAGUUAAAAAAACAAAAAAUCUGCCAUUGUGAAGGUGGCGGGAACAGUACUCUACCGGCCUGAGGUGCUCCCCGGUACCAUACAACACACCCCUCUCGGCCCGUGGGUGGAUGCACCUCCGUCCCUUGGGCCUGUCUUUGGCUCCGCCCGCCUCUGCCUGCCUGCGGCAGCUGCCGCUGCUGCCCUUCUAUCAGCCGGGUUGUCGGGGGGCCUUCCUGGGGCCCGUGGGAUCUGGGGUGGGGCUUGCUGUUCACUGCAGGGGUGGUGGGUUGUCUCCUGGUCUCCUGCGUGUGGUGUGGCGCCCGUUCGAGGAUGCGAAUUGGGGGUCCAGGGGGUGGCGGGAUAGUCCCAUCAUUCCUUCCCUAAAGGCCGGUUAAUGGGGGUGCGGAUGGUCCGGGGGACUAGGCAUGUGCCGGUAUGAUAUUCUGACGGUAUGAUAACCCUAAGUCAAAAUAUCACUGUAUCACAGUUUUGCAAUUACAGCACUAAAAGGUGUUAAUUUGGGAUAUCUUUAAAAAAAACAAACUUUUUUCCAUUUAACAGUAUUUUUAUUUUUCUAAACAUAUUAGUAAAUUGGAACAUAAGUACAAUGUUAGGUUGGAAUAAAAUUUUGUUGUUGUGUUUACUAACCUUUAAUUUUGUAAAAAUGCAAAAUCAUAUUGGAGGUAUUACCUCCUCGGUAUCCACCCUCCAAGUUGGCACUCCUCCUCCAAGUUGCAGCCGUUUGUAACUUUUCAGUAGCCAAAGUAUUCCCAUACCAGCCAUUUCAUUUUCUUUGAUGGGGAAAAAAGUUCAGGAGUUUCACCUAUUGCAGCCAUUGUGUAGCACAGCUGACUCGCUGACACUGAGCAACAACCGGUGGAGGAAGGUUGAGCCUUGCAGCUGUAAGCAAGGGAUUUCUCCCCUGUAUUUGUAGAACAUGAAAAAUAGCUAAUACCUUAGAGACGGUAUGAUGAGAAAUUUUUGCGGUUUUGAAACCUUGACGUUUUCAUACCACGGUAUACCUUGAAACCGGCAAUCGCCACAUGUCUACGGGGGACCCCACUGGGUCACGGGGGGGUGGCUGGGGAGCACCCAGGGUACCAGGGGAAUGGCUGCGCCCCCUUGCUGGAGCUACGGGAGAAGGGAUGGGCUAUGCUGGCUCGCCCCCACUGAUUGGCUGGUGAGUGGCCGUGGCCCUAGGGCACCCCGCCCAGCAUUUUCACUUGUCUGCAGGACUAUCACACGUCUGAUGGGAUUCAUGCAUGACUGGGUGCAGUAAGAUACACUCAAGCAGAUAAACUAUCGGUGCCAGGAUUAGCGAUCAGGCAGCAUAGAAUAGGAUGUCAACAUAUCCGCAUUUAGAAGUGAUUCACAUAAUAUUGGGUUCUACACCUCACAUUGCUGAUUUGUGUACGCUCCACCCAACCUAAUCUCAUCUCUUUCUGACUAACCCCCCCCCCCCCCCCUUUUUUUUUUUUUUGUCCUCGGUCAUCAGGGCCCCAUGGUGUCAACCGGAUACUUACUUACGAUUAUUCACUUGUACAUGAGUAAUUUUUUUAGAUGACUACUUUGACUUAAGUGAUAUUAUUUCGAAGUAACGCUACUCUUACUUGAGUAAUAGUUUUGGCUAACCUACCCGCCUCUGAUUAUUCUUAAAUAUGCAAUUUAUUGCAUCUCGCUGGCAUUUAUGAAAAACCAAGCUGUUCCAAAAUUGGUUGAACAUUUUCAAAGAACGAUCUACUAAUGGAACGACCCUAACGCGAAAAAGUGACAUAUCAGACAUCUAGCCUUCUAUAUAUGUUAAUUCGCAAGCAUCCCUCACACUACAAAUGGAUUGGACUUCAUUCGCCGUUAAUCCAAGGAUGUUUUUGUAGUUUUUUUUUUCUGGAAACAAUGCCUUUAUUUCCUUCAAUCAUGUCUUAAAUGCACACAAGUGCGCCUUUUCCCGUUAGCAUUGUGAUUAGCCACGCUCAAAAUUUAUUUUGGGGCAUAUUUGCAAUCGUGGCCAGGAAACAAAAUUUAUCCACACACAAACACCGAAUCUAAGCACAAAACAUGCUUACACUUUAUUUAGGGUUAGAAAAUGUCAUGAUUUUGGCCUUCGAUUUCAAUCCCAAUCUAGGGACCGUCUGCCAAUGACGAGCCCUUUGUGUUGAUGCUUUAAAAAUAAAAGUGUUAUAGAAUUAUCUGACGGACCAAAGAUGUUUUUGGCUAUAUAUUUUGAUUACGUUCGCCUCUCCCAGCUUUUCAUUAAAGCGUUUAAUUGCAUUGUAGGAGCGAUUUUGCGGCGCUAAUCGUGUUUGCCCACAUGACAGUAAAGAAAAGAAAAGGGUUUGAUAUGGGAUCAAUCCGCCAAACUUUUGACUGCUUCGCAGCUGCAGGCAGCUCCGGGAUGAUGUAGCAAAAGAAGAAAAGAAAGCUUUUUGUUGUUUUAUAUUCGGCUUGUUUGUACGCUGCAUGGUACCUCUUUAUCUAAUGUGUGUGUUUAUAGUUGAUUGCACUAUUUUUCUUAACUAACUUGGAAGUGCAAUAAGACAAAUACUGUAUGUAAUUAUUAAUAAAAACACCAUUUUAUCACAAUUCCUCAUUUGUUUUUGUUUUGGGUUUUGUUUGUGUAAUGUGACAUUACUUGUGCAUCAAAGUUCCUUUAAAACACAGGUGUCCAACCUGCGGCCCAGAGGCCAGAUCCGGCCCAUCGCGUCAUGGUGUGUGG